UAUUCAGAGUUUUUCACAACUGCCGUAGGUAAUUAUUCACACACUUAACAGUCUUAAAAAUGCCAUUUUAAGUGAAUUCACACAAGAUUUUAAAUGGGAUUUGUAUGUGUUCAGAAAUGACUACAGAAGCAACCACGGUCUUACCAGGAUCAUUCUACUCAUUCGGAUCAGCAGCAGGAGACUUACUAAAUCCUGCUGCUGAUGAUGGAAGCUCCUCUGUUAUUCCGCUGUUUAGUCCAUUUCAGUAUUUUGGUCUCACAUACCAGCAGAUUUACGUUAAUAAUAAUGGAUUCCUCACAUUCAACCAGGCUUCUUCACAGUUUGCUCCCAACUCAUUUCCAGCUAAUGGAAGUCAAGAUGUAAUUGCUGGACUCUGGACCAACAUUGACAACAGUGCGAGAGGAGUCGUCUCUUAUAAUCAGUACACCAGUGGAAGUGUUCUCGCUAGUGCCACUCAGGAUAUAAACAAUUAUUUCCCAAAUCUGACCUUCACCGCUUCUUGGGUCUUUGUUGCAACGUGGGAUAAAGUCGCUUAUUUUAACUCGAACACAGAAACCUUCUUUCAAGUGGUUUUAAUUUCAGGCAGCGGUUAUUCUUUUAUUCUGAUGAAUUAUGGUGAUGUUGCUGCAACAGGAUAUCCUGUACAGGCUGGUUAUGAUACGGCCUACUCCACAGACUACUUUGUGAUUUCUGGAUCAAACAGCGGGAGCUCCAUCUCAGACCUCAAGACCUUCAGUAAUGUCAAUGUUCCAGGCAGAUAUGUCUUCAGGGUAGACACUGGAUCAAACACAAAUAAAAAUGAAAUUGUUGGACUUCAAGGGAAGCUUGCCUCAUUCCUAGACCUUACAGAUGAAGGAAACAAGCAGAUUGUUUUGCAGCAGAUCCAACAGGAGCUGGUGAAAAAAGGACUGCCAAGCAACAUGAAGUUGAACAUAAAAAAAGUAGAAAAGAUGCUGCCGUAACAAUAGGCCUCUUUCAGCCGUAAUAUAAGUCUCUUUCAGCUGUAAUAUAAGUCUCUUUUGGCCGUACUAUGUCUCUUUCAGCUGUAUAAGUCUCUUUCAGCUGUAAUAUAAGUCUCUUUUGGCCGUAAUAUGACUCUUUCAGCUGUAAUAUAAGUCUCUUUCAGCUGUAAUAUAAGUCUCUUUCAGCCGUAUGUCUCUUUCAGCUGUAUAAGUCUCUUUCAGCAGUAAUAUAAGUCUAUUUCAGCUGUAUAAGUCUCUUUCAGCUGUAAUAUAAGUCUCUUUAAGCCUUAAUAAAAGUCUCUUUCAGCUGUAAUAUAAGUCUUAUUUAGCCGUAAUAUAAGUCU